AUGGAGGAGUAUCUGCGAAACGCGCCGAUCCCAGAGUAUUCUGAUGAGGAGGGCAUCAGCAUGCCCCUUGACGACCUCGGCGAAAUAUCCGGCACCGACACUAGCGUUGAGGACGGCGAGAAUGGGGACCCCGUCGACGACCACCACGAAGAGCCCGAGUUCGACCCUCUCGCCGCCGGGCUGAAGGAGAUCUCCAAUCUAGGAAAGUUCACUGUCAGCAGCCACAAGCAAGGCAACGGCGUUGAGCAGCUGCGUAACGACAGUCUGAAGACAUACUGGCAAUCCGAUGGACCCCAACCUCAUAAGCUGACGGUUUAUUUCAUCAAGCGGGUCGGUAUCAGAGAUAUCCGCUUCUUCGUGGACUACAACGAGGACGAGUCCUAUACACCCACCAAGAUCAUCUUCAAGUCCGGCACCAGUGAGAACAACCUCAUUCAGUUCGCGACAAUGGAGAUGUCGCAACCCUCUGGCUGGCAGCAGGUUCCGGUUGCAGGCGCUGGCGGCGGCCCCGACGGCAACACGCUGGUCUCGUACGUGUUCCAGAUGCAGAUACUGGAGAACCAUCAGAACGGAAAGGACACCCACCUGCGGUCCAUCAAAAUCUACGCGGCGGACACUGAUGCCCCCAAUGUCGACAUGGACAGUGCGAACCAUGUUGUGAAUGAAGAGGUGGAUGAGGAGCCCGCCGACCCUUGGGACCUUUCUGUGCUCGAAGCCGGCCUUAUUGUUCCCGAUUUCAUGAAGGAGCCUGAAAUCCGAUGA